UGGGUAUGCUGACAUCUGCAAGCCAGAGGUUUAAGUGGAAGACGACCGCAGUCAGGCUGACAAACUACGGCCUCAGCAGCCUCGAAGAAACUCCGAGACAUGUAACUUGUUGUCAAGAGGCUUGUGUCCUGUAGGGCACCCUGACACUCAGCCAGUCAAGGUGCCUCACUAGGGCUUGCCGUCAUGAGGGGGCGCUGCUCGAGAAAACUGGGUGUGCUGGCCAAGACUUUCUUCCUUCUCUGGCUACUGUGGCUGGGAUAUCUUCUGUUAGCACGCUCCUCUUUCCCUUCCUCGUCCUCCGAAGAGAGGGAAGAUGAGGAACACGGUCUUCUGGCACGACAGCUCUCCAUAGAAGAGAGCGGGGUUCACGGGCAGCUGUCUAGACCCCUCUACAAUAAGCCAUCACCAGACAACAGUGCGCCUGGGGAGUGGGGUCGGGCCACACACCUCAACCUAAGCCCUGAAGAAAAGAAACAGGAGCAGGAGAGCGUGGAGCGCUAUGCCAUCAAUAUCUAUGUCAGUGACAAGAUUUCCCUCCACCGGCACAUACAGGACCACAGGAUGGCUGAAUGCCGAAGUAAGAAGUUUGACUACCGGCGCUUACCCACCACCUCUGUGGUCAUUGCCUUCUACAACGAGGCCUGGUCCACCCUGCUGAGGACCAUUCACAGUGUCCUGGAGACCACCCCUGCCGUCCUGUUGAAAGAGAUCAUCCUAAUCGAUGACUACAGUGACCGAGGUUACCUGAAAUCCCAACUAGCUGACUACAUUAGUAACUUGGACCGUGUUCGGCUCAUCCGCACCAACAAAAGAGAGGGGCUUGUCCGGGCACGUCUCAUUGGUGCCACCUAUGCUACGGGUGACGUGCUGACAUUCCUUGAUUGUCACUGUGAAUGCGUCCCUGGGUGGAUUGAGCCUCUGCUGGAAAGGAUUGGUGAGAAUGCCAGCACCAUCGUGUGUCCUGUCAUUGACACCAUCGACUGGAACACCUUCGAGUUUUACAUGCAAACAGAUGAGCCAAUGAUCGGGGGAUUUGACUGGAGACUCACCUUCCAGUGGCACUCAGUCCCUGAAGUGGAACGCAAGAGGCGCAAGUCACGCAUUGACCCCAUCAGGUCUCCUACCAUGGCAGGUGGAUUAUUUGCUGUGAGCAAGGCAUACUUUGAGUACCUGGGUACAUAUGACAUGGGCAUGGAGGUGUGGGGUGGAGAAAACCUGGAACUUUCCUUCAGGGUGUGGCAGUGUGGGGGCAGUCUGGAGAUUCACCCGUGCUCUCAUGUGGGCCAUGUGUUCCCUAAGAAGGCCCCAUAUGCACGGCCCAACUUCCUCCAAAAUACUGUACGAGCUGCAGAGGUUUGGAUGGACUCUUAUAAACAACACUUCUACAACAGGAACCCCCCAGCCAGGAAGGAGUCAUAUGGGGACAUCUCAGAGCGGCUGGUGCUGAGGGAGAGGCUGAAAUGCAACAGUUUCGACUGGUAUCUGAAGAAUAUUUACCCUGACCUACAUGUACCUGAGGACAGGGGGGGCUGGCAUGGGGCUGUGCGUAGCUCUGGGAUUCAUUCAGAGUGCCUGGACUACAAUGCUCCAGAGCACAGUCCCACAGGUGCCCACCUUUCUCUCUUUGGCUGCCACGGCCAGGGAGGUAACCAGUACUUUGAAUACACAUCUCACAAGGAGAUCCGUUUCAACUCAGUGACGGAGCUGUGUGCUGAGGUGGUUGACGGCCAGACUUCCAUCGGGAUGAAGCACUGCCCCCGCGAUGGGGACCCCAAGCCGCCCAGUGUCGUAUGGGAGUUCAGAAAUGACGGCACCAUCUACCACCCUCACUCAGACAUGUGCAUCACAGCCUACCGCACAUCGGAGGGACGCACAGACACCCAGAUGAGACGGUGCACACCAGGAGACAAAAACCAGCUGUGGAAGUUUGAAUGGUAGAUGGAGGAAAUAAGAAAGUAGCAGGAAACCUCAAGUGACCUUCUUUGACCAUAGUGCAAUUACUACAGUGGAUGUCUUUUUCCGCCGCUCCCAAUUCUCUCUUCGCUCUCCGAGUCUGCACUCCAUUUGAAUGGGCACGGCGAGAAAAUAAAAAGGAGGUGGAAAGUCAAUUUAAGCCAACGAUUCACCCAAUUCAGUGCUUUUAUACCCAUGUGAAUGACUAAAUAAGUGCAGAUUGCAGCGGAGUGAAUGAGAAUUGCAAGGCGAGGUUUGAUUGAACUUAAAAAGACUUUUACGUUUGUGUUGCUCUCAUCCAAGUGCCUCUGCAACCAAAAUGGAGUCCAGCGCACACCUGAAGUGUCAUUAUUGUCAUGUCUUUAUUUGUCUAAUGCAACAACUUGAAAGCCUUGAAACUGAUUUGACUGUCCAGCACAUGAAGAAGUGCCUUUCAAAGAGAUUCAAAGUCAAAGUAUUUCCUUGAAAACUAGACAAAAAAAAAAAAUCAUGUUGCACUACAGAAUGUUAACUUAAUGUGCAAUUAAUAUUAAUUAUUACUGAUCUUCAUGCUUGUUUGUUUAGUAGUGACAAACAAUGACCAAUUAAGGAAUCGGCUGCUCAAUGAAGAUGAGUCAGGAUUGUGAGGUCAGCAGCAUUUUGCCCAAAACCAGCUAUUUCCUAACAUGCUCCGUCAUGUAAGAGAAAAACUGAGCGAGAGAUUCAAAGAGAGCACAGCGGUCAAACUAAACUGUCUUCUGUCUCUCGACUCUGGAGACAGUUUCAUGGUAGAAUGCUGGCUGAACAAGACUUGAAGAAUUCAUUAAGCAUUUGAACUAAGUGCAAUUCGCCCCAGAGGGCUUAGUGAGUUGACAAAAGUGUUGUAAUCUAUUCUUCUCUGUAGUGGAAAAUUAUGAAAAAACCCUCUAGACUCACCUGUCACUGUGCCUUUGAAAGGUUGUCAUCCUCAAAAGUGGUUGUAUGUGCCGAAAAUGAAUUGUGCCAGUGGAUGUCAAAUAUGUCUAGUGCAUUUUAAAUGCUAAAAAAUGAAAACAACACUGGUUUGAUGCACUUGAUUUUAUUGAGUCACAAAAAGCCUUAAAGCCUAUUUUAAUUUAAUCCUUCGACUUGGCUGUGCCAGACGUUUUUUUAAGACUCCUGUGUGUAAACUGUACUUGAAAUGGCAUCAAAAUCACUCCUGUUUUGUUUUCUCCACUGAAGACCCACCGGUGUCUCUACUGGGAUUCGAGGCGACGUGGUGUGACUGUUGUUAAAAUGUUUGUUGUAUUUGCCGAAGACUGCUUAUCACAGAGCAAUGUUUGGUCUCUGUGGUCCUUUGAAUUCAUGAAUAUAAGAUAUUCAUACUACGUCAGUGGAGACAGUGGGUAAACAUGUGAGAUGACUCCUGUUUUGUGUUGCCUUUGUACAUAGUGUUUGGUUUAUGGGACCAGAGGGGGACAGUGCUAAUUUAAAGCACCUCUAAAACUACUGAUGAUGCAAAAGGGAUGUUGAUUAUUUGAUAUGAAGAAGAGGAUGAUUGGACUGGUAUUUGAGGUAAGAUAAAAGAUUGAAAGAAUAAAAAACUAACCACA